GAGGGCGCUUACUACACAAUUUUAAUCUAUAUGUUGUUACUAUGUUUACGUUCCUUCUACGUUUUGAGUUUAGCUCUGUGUUCGAUGGAAAGAUAAAAAUUAGUUUGGAGCAUGCAGGAUUAGUUGUGGCUAACUGAUUCUUGCACCAUUGCAGACUUUAUACGUGAUGUAGAGCAGAGCUGCUGUUAUGUGCUUGUGACUCAGACGCUGGUUUACAUUUGGUUGCCGAGCAACUGCAGUUUGCAAACUAAAGGAUACAGAAUUUUACAAAAGAGGGAUAAGUGAAGUGUGGGAUUUUGGGAGCUGCAAAUUCAGGCUCAGUGUCUCUGAAAUCAGCAUUAACUGCUCAGACUUUGUACGUGAUGUAGAGGAGAGCUGCUGUUAUGUGCUUGUGACUCAGACGCUGGUUUACAUUUGGUUGCCAAGCAACUGCAGUUUGCAAACUAUAUAAAGGAUACAGACUUUUACAAAAGAGGGAUAAGUGAAGCGUGGGAUUUUGGGCGCUGCAAAUUCAGGCUCAGUGUCUCUGAAAUCGACAUUAACUGCUCAGUGAUAAGAAACAUCCAUUUUGUGAAUUGGGCAGAUUAAUUAUUGUUAUAGACCCAUUAGAUGUUGAUCACCUCAUAACAUUUGUGUGUGCCCUGGGCCAGUUUCGAAGAUAUUCGUCAGUUAAAGAUGGAACAAUCAGAGGCAGGAUCUGCUGCAGACAGCAUCAUUACCCAGUUCAACACAUAUGAGGACUUCUUGGAUUCUCAGAUCACUGCUCUGGAUCUACACUAUCUAGAGGAUGAAGAGUUGGCCCGCCAGCUGGUGGAGCUAGGCUACAGAGGGAGCGGUGAAGUCCUGAAAAGAGAUGAGUUUGAAGCAAGAAAGGCUGCUGCAGAGGCUUCCAGACUCUCUCAAAGAACUCAGCAAAAGACUUUGUCAAGUGCUGGAAAAGACCCGAAAGAUAAUUUCUUAAAAGCUUUAGCUAUGAGGGAAGAAGCAAAUCGUAAUGGGAAGAUGACAUCUGUCAUCUUUAUUCGGGAUAAGAAUGCACAUGGUCAAGAAGUGUCUGGAUAUAUUGAUUUUGCACAUCGGUUGAAGACUGAGGAUUUUGAAGUUUAUUUCAGUGGCAAGAAGAAGCUUCUGCCAAGGCCAACAGACUUAAGUUUUUAUAACUGGGAAAGCCAUGUCUCAACAUCAAACCCAAGCCCAAAUUACCAAGUGAUUGCAGAAACGUCAUCUGGAUUACUGUUCAAAAACAAAAGAGACAGGAAAAUACUAAAUGUGGAUCCUAAGGCUUCUCCAGGAGAUAAUUCGACUCGAACCUCUAUACAGACAGAUAUUUACAUUCAAGCUGUCAUUUACGAUCACAUAACAAGGCGUAAAGCCUAAUUUGUAAACAUGCUAUAUGAACAGCUAUAAAAUGCUGAGACAUUCAUGACAAAAUAAAGGACUUCAACACCUUU